CACAGGACAGUGCAGGGAGAAGACACAGGUACAGAUGUACAUUAGAGUUGAGCUUAGAAGUAGAAGUUACUGUAUUUGACCACAAAUUUGUUAAGAUGUCAGAGGGAGUCUAUGAAAACUCAGAACGAUUUAAAGACGAUGAGCCUGAUGCAAUGAAGAACACAGACAUUGAUGGCCAAUUAUAUGCCAACGUAAAUGCCUUCAAACCCAGUACAAGAGAUGGAGUUGUUGCUUCAGUACAUGUUCAGUGGUGGAAGAGACCCUCUGGAGUUGCUGCAGUGUGUCUGGGGCUGCUGUGUGUUCUCCUACUGGCUGGGAUCAUAGGCCUGUCUGUUCAAUACAGCAACGUCUCAAAGAAUUCAUCUGCAGCAAUAGACCAGCUACAGACCAGUUAUAACACCAUAACUAAAGAGAGAGACCAGCUACAGACCAGUUAUAACAACCUGACUAAAGAGAGAGACCAGCUACAGACCAGUUAUAACAACAUGACUAAAGAGAGAGACCUGCUACAGACUGAGAGAGAUGUUCUUAGCGGCAGGCUUUCCAAUCUCAAAAAAACCUGUCCUGAAGGAUGGCAGAAGUUAGAAUCAAGUUGGUACUUCCUGUCUACUGAGACUAAAACCUGGGAGAAGAGCAGACAGGACUGUCUGGAGAGAGGAGCAGACCUGGUGAUCAUAAAGAGUGAUAAGGAAAAGCCAUUUCCCUUCAAACUCAAGAAGAGAGUCUGGAUUGGUCUGACUGACUCUGAUAAUGAGGGGACCUGGAAAUGGGUGGACGGCACCCCACUGACCACAGGGUUCUGGUAUGAUCCACAGCCUGAUAAUGGUGAGGAGGACUGUGUUGAGAUACACACAGAUCCUCUGAAGGCAUGGAAUUACUUGUCAUGUUCUGAGAAUCGUCACUGGAUUUGUGGGAAAGGUGUUUAACAUCACCAUGACAAUAUACUGUAACACAUACAGCAGCCUACAGUGCACAGAACUUCCUCCUUCACUCUCUCUCUCUCUCUCUCUCUCUCUCUCUCUCUCUCUCUCUCUCUCUCUCUCUCUCUCUCUCUCAAACCCAGACGCACACGCAUGUUUUAUUUGUUUGUAUUAGCAUAUUAAUAAAAGUCCAACUUAU